AAAUAAUUUUUUUAAAUUUUUAUGUGAGACAAUUUUAUCUUUACAUAUUUCUCAAAUAUGAGUUAAAUAUAUCCCAAUUAAUAUAAGGAAAUUUUGCUCAGAAUAAUUCCAAUUAUCACCCGUUGGUUAAAAAUAAUCCAAACUAUCUAUUAUUUUUUAAUAAUCCUAACUAUCCAUACAAUUUGCUCAAAACAGACCCCCCAUACUGAACAGCUACUGCAGGUUACUUGGACUAUUAUUUUUUUUACCUUUUUUUUUACUUAGUAAAACAAAAUAAGAAAUUACUUUUUCAAUUUCACUAAACCCGUUUACACUCUCAUCCUUCCGCCAUUGAUAAGCUCUCAAAUAUCCUUCUCAAAACUUCAUUUUAAACCCUAGAAUUUCUGAUUGAAGGCGAGGAAUUCAUCUGAAGGUGAACAAGUUCAUACGCACAUCGCAUAGUGAAAGCUGCUGCCCAAUUCCGCUUCAAUUGAUGAACAUAAUCACCAAAGAGAGAGUCAGAGAGAGAGAGAGAGCGAAUUAUAUCAUCUACUUUCUCUUCAGCCUGCCAAAACUUAAGGGAUUGUCAGAUCGCAUCAUGGCCAAAGCCAAGUAGAUCUUAUAUUUUAUUAAACUUGUUUAAGCUUGUAAGAUAUUGCAUCUGAUGGAUAUUCUAGAUGACCGUCAUAUAGAUGGGUGUGAUGAAACUGAUCAAAAACUAAAAGGCAACGCAUUAGCUGGUGCUGGAACCACAAAAAGAAAGGAGUUGCAUGGAAUUAUUAAUGUUCGUGCCUUAUCUGGUACAUGGAUAAACAAUCUUCAUGGUGCUGUUUUCCAUGUUUACAAGAUCGAUUUCUCUUGUGAUGUUGAGCAGUACAGCAGUUUCGUUCUUCUGACUGAGUCAAAGCUAGAUGUUGAUAUAGCUAAUGUCAAAGUAGAUUUAUAUUUACUCGACAAAACUGCUAAAGCAUCGGUUGUCCCAUGUGGCGAAGUACAUCUGGGAUCGGACAAAAUAAAGCAGGCAAUGCGCUUUCAUGAACUUUUAUUUAAUGGGUUGUUUGGUAAAUUGUUUCUUGGAUCAAAAGGAAGAGGUACCGGACGAGAGUUUCUUCUCCAAAACGAUAGUGAUCUUCUAUGGAGCACAUCAUACAUGUAUUUGAUCUUACCACUUGAGUCAUCGGAUGGCUUGGAUCAAGAAUCUUGGAAGAUCAACUGGAAGGAGAUUGAAUCCUGCGUCUCUGUGGUAGAAUUUCUGAAGAAAUCUGCUUGGUUGAGCGCUGAGCAGUCCGGAAGCAAAUAUAGGGGUUUUAGAGAUGACCUUUGUUCAGAAAACAUGAACAUCUCGGGUGAGGAUGUUGUACAUCUGGCUAACUGCUCAUUGUCGAGAGGAAACUUGAAGGAAUCUGUCGUUAUGUCCAUUCACACUGGUCGGAUAUAUUAUGUUCUCGACAUCUUGGUCGAUACGUCUUCUGAGAGUCCCUUCGAUUCUGACGUUGGAGGAAAACCAUCAAAAAAGUAUUCUAGUUUUGCUGAUUACUUCAACAAAAAGUAUGGGAUUGUGCUGUUUUAUCCAGGGCAGCCGUUGUUGCUUCUGAAACAGACUCAUAAUCCAUUCAAUCUUCUCUCGGAUAGUGAGGCUAGUGAGUUGCGUCGAAAGAAGCUUUCAAGUCGCAAAUUGGAUGAUGCAAAUCAACUGAAUCUUGUUCGUAUGCCUCCUGAGCUCUUGGUUCAUGUAGAUGUCCAUGUAUCGGUGUUAAGGGCGUUCUAUUUAAUACCUUCAAUAAUUCAUCGGAUGGAAUCUCUGAUGUUAGCUUGUCAGCUACGGGAAGAGAUUGCGUACAAUUUUGACGACUUUCAUAUGCCAUGCUCGCAAAUUUUGGAAGCACUUACGACUCUAAGAUGCUGUGAAGAUUUCUCUUCAGAACGUUUGGAGUUGCUCGGUGAUUCGGUGCUGAAGUAUACAGUGAGCUGUCACCUUUUCCUUAAAUAUCCUGAGGAGUAUGAAGGAGCGUUAUCCAAUCAUCGUCAAAGAACUAUUUGCAAUGCGAACUUGCAUGUUUUGGGAACUAAUCGUGGGUUACAAGAGUACAUUCGCGAUAGUGCAUUUGAGCCCCGUCGGUGGGUUGCCCCUGGGCAGCUUUCUGCCCAUCCUGUUCCUUGUUCACAUGGUGUUAACACAACUGAAGUUCCGUUGGAUAGUCGAUAUCAUAGUAUUGAUGAGAAUAUUGUACUCGGAAAGCAUUGUGAUAGGGGACACCGGUGGUUGGUUUCCAAAUGCAUAGCGGAUUGUGUUGAAGCCCUGAUUGGAUCAUACUAUAUCGGUGGUGGAUUAAAGGCCGCUCUUCAUGUCAUGAAUUGGCUAGGAAUCGAAGCUGAAUUGGGUCCGUUUUAUGUUGACAAGGCUAUUACUCUUGCAUCUAGCCAAUCUUGUGCGCAAAAGCUUGAUCAUAUCACGGCCUUAGAAUCGAAGCUUGGGUAUGACUUUGUUACCAAGGGACUGCUACUCGAAGCUAUUACUCAUUUAACGGAACAAGAAACUGGGGUGGGUUUUUCCUACGAGAGGCUGGAAUUUCUUGGGGAUGCUGUGCUCGAUGUGCUGAUAACCCGACAUCUAUAUCAUACUCACAUGGAUAUUGAUCCCGGGGAGUUAACUGACCUGCGCUCAGCUUCUGUGAAAAACGAAAAUUUUGCUCAAGUUUCUGUGAGGCGAAACCUAUAUCAGCAUCUUCAGUAUAAUUCUGAUAUUAUUUCGAGUCAAAUAACAGAGUAUCUUACGUUGGUUUCUGAGACAUCGGAUUCUAAAUUACUGCAAGGAAGAGAAUGUCCCAAGGUUCUUGGCGACCUGUUGGAAAGUAUUGUCGGGGCUGUACUAAUUGAUACCAAGCUUGAUGUCGAAGAAGUUUGGAGAAUCUUCAAACCAUUGUUGUCUCCCAUUGCAACUCCUGAUAAUCUCGAUUUGCCUCCCUUCCGUGAACUGAAUGAAUUGUGCGAUUACCUUGGGUACUUCUCGAAAGAGACCUGUUUCACCGACAAAGAUGGGAUGUUUGCAGAAUUGAGAUUACAGCUGGAAGGUGCUUUAUUGAUAGGGGAAGGAUUCGGUAAAACUAAAAAAGCCGCCAAGGGACAGGCGGCUCUUCAUUUGUUGAUUGAGCUGGAGAACAGAGGGAUAUCGUAUGAUAGAUGCUUUUCGAAGAGGAAAAAGAAAGAUGCACAAGAUAUGAGUUCAGUCACGGUUAAAAAGAAGUAUGCAGACGUUCAAUCAAAGAAGCGAAAGGUAGUUGUGUUGCCUGGUGGAAAUAAUAAGGGGGCUUCAAAUGCUACUAUUCCUGUUAUUAGAGCGGUAAACACAGAGAAAGGUGGACCGAGAAGCUCACUGUACGAGUUAUGUAAAACAGUACAGUGGCCUAUGCCUAGCUUCGAAACUUCUGAACAUAAAUCAACAUCGCCUAUUGUAAUGGGCGAAGGUUCAAGUAAAAAAACUGCGUAUUUUAUAUUUAUGUCGAAAAUCUCGUUGCUCAUACCCGACUUUGGUGUAUUGGAGGCGGAUGGAGAGCAGAGAGCUGACAAGAAAAGUGCUCAAGAUUCUGCAGCAUUGCAUCUGCUCCUUAAACUUGAACAGCAAGGCAAGCUUAUAAUCAGCUGUUAAUUAAAACAGCAGGAGAAAAUGGCGGUCUUUGAGUGUUCUUUGCUCUAUUUCCUGAUUAACGACGAGUUAUAUUAUGCAGUCAUAAAUAAACAAGGAUACAUUGCCUUGUUAGUUGGUCCUAGAUAAAUCCUAAUGAAGUUAACUAUGUCUCUGUACAUUAUCCUGUAACAUUAGCAUAACUUGAACUGCUUCCUAGCUCGUCUUGCCUGCAGCUUCGAUAGCAACUUUAGAUGAUGGAAAAAAAAAAUUGUUUUAGUAACCUCUCGGGUCUUUAUUGAAAAGAUUUGAUGAUUUCCAGAUUUCGAUUCAUAAUCAUGGGUAUGGUAAAAUUCAGUAUGAAUUGUCUGUUUUUUUGUUGGCUG